UCCCUAGUUUAUUAAAUUAAAAAUCAUAUUUCAUUCCCCCCGAAACAAAUUAAUCAAGAACAAAAAAUAAAAAUGCCAAAAGCCGAAAAAAUCAAGAUAAAUGUAAAAGACCGAGUGGAGGACAAUGCGAUCGAUUUAAGUCUGUCUGAGCUCACCGAAGUUCCAGUUAGAGAAAUAGCUUCGUUCAAGCGUGUGACUAUUUUAGAUCUUUCGAACAACAAAUUGAUGUCCUUGGGGAAAACCUUUCCAACUCUUACAAACAUAACAAGACUUGAUUUGAGCAGGAAUCAAAUAAAGUUUUUGCCUGAAGAUUUUGGAAAUCUCCGAAAUCUUAGGCAUUUGGAUUUGUACAACAAUAAGUUGGAACAUUUGCCAUUAAGUUUUGGUAACUUGAAUAAAUUGAGUUAUUUAGAUCUCAAAGGAAAUCCCCUUACCCCGGCAUUGGCUAAAGUAGUUGGAUUGUGUUUGACAGCAAAAGAAUGCAAUACUUCUGCUAGAAAUACGGUCAAAUGUUUGGCUCGAAUGCAAGAAGAAGUAGAAAAAACCAAAGAAAAACUCCAACAAGAACACGAUGCUCAACUUGAAGUUUUAGCAGAUGUUACAAACACCGAAGAAGCUCAAAAAUCAAAAAAAGCAAAGAAGGCUAAAAAUAAAUCAAAAAAGACCAAAAGUGAAAAUGCUUCACCAAAACCAAAUCCCAAUAUUAAAUUGACCAAAUCAAAAGUCGAAGGAAACUCUCCAUCGAACGCUUCUACCAAGCGCAAAUCGAGUACAGCUCUAAGGACAAUAUUCACAUUUUUUAUGCUUCUAGCCAUCAAUAUAUUUAUAAUAUACGUUAUAAUGUUUAAGAAUCCGGAAAUAGCGGAGAAAUUAGUUGAAUUUAUACCUCAUCAGUAUCGCGAUUGGAUACUCACCAAAUCUGAGUACUUUCGCUUGCGUGUUUCCGAUUGGAUUCAGGUCAUCCGUACACCACCUGGGCACAACUGACAUCUAAUGUUUGCCAAGCAACCAUUAACUUAGUAACUGAAAGAAGCAACAUCCAAAGUUAAAAAAAGGCCACCAUCAUUAUUUAUGGUGGAACGACAAAGGCCGAUUUAUAAAAUACACAAAAAAUGCGAUAAAUAGAAACAAUUUGCUGCCACCUCAUCAUCAACAUCUUCAUCAUCAUCAUCAACAACAUCAAUAUAAAUAAUAUCAACUCGUCCAUACUCAAACAAACUACCUUUAAACUUUAGACAAUUCUGACAUUAAAGAAAGUUCCAUAAAAUAGUACAUAAUACAGUUUUUACAGUUUAUCACAUGCAAUAGACCAGUUAAAUACAAGUUAAUAAUACAGUUUAGUCAUUCUUUACAAAGAGUUCUUUUAUCAGUGUUAUUCAGUCAAAGUAAUUUACGAUUCUAUACAAAACAUAUUAGGUACAUGCUUAUCUUCUUUAAUUAAUUUAAUUCACACACACAAUUUUUUUCUGCACGUUUUUUUUAUGCUUUGCAUUUAAUUAAUAUAUCUUUUAGAGUAUAAGUUCAAAGGUAUCUACAUUUAUCAGUCAUUUUUUUACAAAUUAAAUUAAUAAUAAUAAUAAUAAAUAAUGGUUUUAUACAUAUUUAAAAAA